UUUUGUUUAGGUUUUUUUUUGCCUGAUUUUUAUUAGUCUUUAAUUACAAAUUUCAUGGCUGACAUUAAAAUGCUUCUUCAGAAUUAUGGCUCUGAAAAUCAAGAAGAUGAGCAGGAUGAUGAUGAUUACAGCAAGUUUUAUGAGACAUCUAUGCUUGACCAUUCAAAUCCUGAUGAUCUGCUUACUCCACUUGAAAAAUUGCGCAAGUAUUGCUCAAGUGAAAAUAUUUUUACAAGACAAAUGGUUGCUCGAAGCAUUGUUGAGACAGUUCAAGCUAUUAAUACACAACAGGAGUGUCUAGCACUACUAGAAAUUGUAUCCAAACUUUCUCAAGAUUUUGAACCAUCUGUUAGAUGGCAACUAGUUGAACAAUUGCCACCAUGUUGUAUGCUUAUGAUGGAUAUUAAGCUUGUACCUGAUGCAAUAUCUAACUAUAUACUUCCAGUUAUGGUUAAGUAUUUGACAGACACAAAUAAUCAGGUUCGCAAGUUAAGUCAAAAUGCUUUACUUCAGUUGAUGGAUCAAGAAAUACUACAACCUGAUGAUGCAGAAGUUCAAAUAUGUCCUGUUCUAAUCAAACUUACCGAACCUGAUAGUAGUGAUGAUUUUCGCACAGAAGCUAUUACGUUAAUGACAAAAACAGCUCAUCUUCUUGGAGGUAUUUCUACAGAGAAAAUAUUUUUGAAAAGAUUUGGUGAACUUUGCUCAGAUUCUCUGUUUCAUGUUCGAAAGGUAUGUGCAUCAAAUUUUGGUGAUAUUUCUAGUGUUGUUGCACCUGAAACCACAGAAACUGUACUGCUCCCUUUAUUUUCAAGAUUAUGUGAGGAUGGUGUUUGGGGAGUAAGAAAGGCUUGUGCUGAAUCAUUUAUGGCAGUUUCAGGUGCUUGUUCUCGUCAAGUGAAAUACAAAACACUGUCACCACUCUUUGUUGGGCUUCUUUGUGAUAAAUCUCGUUGGGUACAAAUGGCAGCUUAUCAAGCCCUUGGUCAGUUUAUUGCUACAUUUGCUGACCCUGGCAGAACAGGAUUUGAUGUAACUGAAGAUGGUAUUUUAUAUCAGUGCGAAUUGCAAAAACCAGAAAUUCCUUCAGUCAUAGAAAAUGAUUCAUUUCAAUCUUCCAGUAUGUCAAAGCCAUAUGAUAGUAAACAUCUAAAUAAUUCCCCACAAAUCAUUGACCCACAGAAUGAUUUUAACAGUUUUGAGUUUUGGCGAGUGCCGUUACCUGAUAUUAGUUUAAACGAAUUUUUAGCUUGUGAUAUUGAAGCGAAUCAAAGCUUAGCUACUGAUAAUUCAUUAGAAAGUUCUCCUGAAUAUUUAAACGCUUAUGUGAUAAUAGAUUCAAAAUCAAGAGAUAAUGUUGACAACACUAUGGAAUAUUUACCUAAAGACCCAUCUUAUGACUCUUUUGAUAAGACUGAUACAAUAGAUUCAAACCAUUCUAAUGAUAAUGAUUACUUAAAAAUCUUUGAAGGGAACUUUGAUGAAGAAGAUCUUUUGGACAGUACUAUUCAUAAUUUAUCUGUGAAUAUUGAACAUAUUAAAAAACAGAACAUAGUUCCAAGUGCUCUUCUGGCUCAUUUUAUUUCAAUGACAGAACCAAGUAAAGCACAAACUAUAGAUGGUGAGUUAUCCAGACAUUGCGCUUUUACAUUACCAGGUGUGGUGUUAGCUCUUGGUCGUGAAAACUGGAAUUGUGUAAAGGAUAUCUACAAUCUUCUAUCUGUAGAUAUGCAGUGGAAGGUUCGACGAACUCUUGCAUUUUCAUUGCAUGAUCUAGCUCUUAUACUUGGGCAGGAAAUAAGUGUUAAUGACCUAGUACCAGUGUUUAAUGGUUUUCUUAAAGAUCUUGAUGAGGUUCGAAUUGGCGUGUUGAAACAUCUUUCAAACUUCAUUCAAGUUUUACCCACAUCUUUGCAGAAAGACUAUUUGCAUAUAUUUAGUGAAUUUCUUAAUACUGACAACUCUAGGAACUGGAGAUUCAGAAUGGAACUUGCACAACAGCUUAUGGGUCUUGUAAAUCUAUAUACUGAGGCAGAGUUGGGUGAAUUUAUAUGUCCAGUUGCAUUAACUCUUGCUGCUGAUAAAGUGGCUGAAGUAAGAGAGAAUGCUUAUGAAUUGUUAUGCAUGCUUAUUAGACGCUUAUCAGGUGAUUUGGUUUUGCGUAAAUUUACGGCAAAUAUCAAGGAGCUGGGAUCAAAAACUCAACACUGGGUAAAAAGGAAGUCAUGUUCACAGAUUUAUCUAUGUUUUUUACGAAACUGUUGUUACGAUCCUGUAAAUUUUACCAAAGAUUUUCUUCCAAAUUUACUUCAACUGUGUGGAGAUAAUGUUCCAAAUGUUCGUCUUGUUGCUUCAAAAGCUCUUUUGGCAUAUCGAAGUACCAUAUACUUUCAAAGUCUUCCUAAAGAUGACAGUGUUAGACAUAUGGUUGAAUGCACAUUUGAAACACUGUCGAAAGAUGUUGAUAACGAUGUGAGGUUUUUCUCUAGGGAAAUAGGAUUUCAAUCUAAUGACACAAUUAAGCUAGAACAAUCUUUUAACGAAUGCUCUCUUAAUGAGGAAGGUAUGAACAUUUUUACGAGUUCUUCUGAUCAACCUAGUGAGGACAAUUUAUCAGAUAAUAAAUUUAGUAAAAGUCUUCUCGACCAUACACUUCAAACUAGCGAUCUUUUAAAUUCUUCAAAUCAAGAUAAAGACAUUAGGAGAACCGACUAUAAUAAUGAUCUUGAAAACGAUAUACACACUUUAAAGAGUCUUGAGAAUUCAGAAAAAUUGGAGGUAAAUCAUCAGAAUUGUGAAAAUGGCGAACUUGGCUUUAUUUCUAUUGAUAAAAGGAAUUGUUCAGAAGAUAAUGGUUUACAAAAUGUCACGAAUUCGACUAAUUUAAAUGAUAAUAUAUGUAUAUUUGAUCCGGAUAUUCGGAAUUAAUGUUUUUUAA